UAGUGUUACGUACUAGUUAUAGGUGCUAGUAUUUUUAGACCAAAUCCGAAGCACAGCUCGCCUGAUCAGGAUCACAAGAUACUGUACAGAAAUAUAAUAGUAAGAGUAAAGAGAUGAUGAAAAGGAUCAUGAAAUGCUACAACUAAACCGCUAGCGCUACUGUACUCUAGUACAUGUAUAUGCAGGCUCGACGUGUGUCUGAUGUGCUGAAGACCCAUCGACCAUUUAUACAGUCUGUAAUGGCGAUGUGAUCACUCCAAUUGGCCAAACAUGUAGUAGCACUACGGGCGAAACCGGUGAUAACGCGGGUUGCCUAGCGCUAUCGCGGGGAAUUCUUGGAGAUGGGCUGGAGGAGCGGGUUGGAAAGUGCGCUAGCACUUCUUAACAGCGAGAGUGGAAGAUGUUUGUUUGUGCUGGUGGAGCUGUUGCUGAACGUGAUGUUCAUACACCAUGGACCCUUCCACGCCAUUGAUUGGAAAGCGUACAUGGACCAGAUUGAGAUGAUUGAAGCUGGUGAGCAUGAUUACAUGAAGAUCAAGGGACGAACUGGACCACUGGUUUACCCCGGUGGCCAUGUUUGGCUACAUUGGCUGCUGUACUGGCUGACAGGCGGCGGAAAGGCCAUUCUCCUCUGCCAGGCUCUAUUUCUUGUUGUUCAAGUGCUCACCUCCACCUUUGUGACGUCCUUGUACUGGCGGUACGUUCCGCAGCCAUUCGUGACCUGCUGCAUGUUUCUGUUCACGGUGCGAUGCCGCAACGUGUACGUGAAUGGUCUGUUCAAUGACUGCUGGGCUAUGCUGUUUGUAUACAUGGCUAUGUGGCUGGCAGUACGCCACUCCAGAUGGACAUUGGGCUUGCUUGCCUACUCUACCGCCGUGUCCAUCAAGAUGUCCGCGCUGCUGUUUGCGCCAGGCAUGGCCGCAGCAGCUUUCUGCGCAGCUGGAUCUUUCUCAAAGUUGGUCCGGUGGUCUGUGCCCGCUGCUGUUCUGCAGAUCUUUGCUGGUGGAGUGUUUCUAAUCAAGCACCCUCUCUCCUACGUACACCGUUCCUUUGAACUGGACAGGCAGUUUUUCCAUUUCCUCUCACACAACUUCAAGUGGCUACCGAAAGAUAUCUUCUUCUCCCGUGCAUUCCAAAUCUCCCUCUUAACAUUUCAUGUGGCGCUACUGGUCUUCCUCUGCGCACACCGCCGCUGGCUUUCUACGCGGCCAUCGGACAAACAGGCACUGCUUGCAAUCAUAUUUGUGUCAAACUUUGUUGGAAUAUGCUUCUGCCGCAGUCUCCACUACUCCUUCUACUCGUGGUACUUCCACACGCUGCCAUUUCUGGUGUCCUACGCUGGCUGGCCAUGGCUGAUGCGCUAUGCCUAUCUCAUCAUUGUAGAGCUCUGCUGGAAUGUGUGGACGCCCUAUCGUGGUGAUAAUCAAGAUGGUACUUGUGCAUCUGCGAAAGCAUCCCUUGUUCUCACCUGCUGUCAUGCUGUCCUCUUGAUAUCCAUAUUGUUACGCCGCUGAUGGUUGUGAUGCUAGCAAGCGGCAGUGUUUCGUAGGGUUUCCAAUUCCAUCUCGAUGAGCCGGCUACGUUGCUGUGUGAUGAUGACUCCAACCCAUAGGCUGCCUUUCCAAAGGAACUAGUCCAGUGCAUGUUUACAGCAUCUGGUCCGCCAGGCCUUACAGGCUCGUACUAUUGCUGGCCAGGAUGUUGCCGAUCCUUGGCAUGAGUGCCUUGUUGCGACCCAGGACAUAUGGAUAACAUUGGUAUUGCUGAAUGGAUCACAUGCAGCGGUACAUGCAGGUGUAAAUUGGCGCACUACUAGUACAUGUACUAUGUAGUAGUGGUGUGCAGCCAAUCUGUUCUCAGCCAGAAGGUCUCAGGCCAAGGAGGUAUACAACAUUCUCCAAGCAAGCUCUUGCAACCCUGGCAAUGUGUUUUUAUGCUGGCGACAGUCUUCAUAUGCCAACCACUGCAGUUUGCAGCAGAGCUACAGUAUUUCAAGGAGAAUCAACUGAGCUGCCAGGACGGUGAUCGUUACUCAUUCAACCAGAGAGACGUACCUACACCAGGUUUAGGUGACUCCCUGCUGCCCACACUGAAUGUGGCUUCAAGUCAAAAUGCGCACUACCUGCGGCCACCAAACUUGACAGCCCCCGGAGUCUGCCUAAACUCCAUACUGUGUCUGGCAACGGCUAUGUCAACUGCCGGGGUCAGUUAGCCAAACCAUACAGAAAGUCAGAAACCCUCCUGGAGUAGUGUGCCUAUGAGCUAGGUGAAGCGAUGUGCAUAUCCAAUACUCAAUAGCUGUCAGAUGUGUGACCCAUGUGCUGAUUACUAGUACAUCACACCGUGUACCAGUGUGUCGUCACGGAUCAUAGUUUUCUGCUAAUGACUGAGAUUGCUCAGCUCCGGGUCACUUGCACAUGUCACAGUUGUUCUACUACUGGCAAAGCAGAUGGGAAACAGUAGCUUUUUACUGGUUGAAUUUUUAAUUAUUUGUACAUUUGUCUGAUGAUUAAGCAUGAAACUCAGAAUAGCGACAAACUA